ACACACACACACACACACACACACACACACACACACACACACUAUCCCAGCCAGGCAAAUGCAGAGCGUCAGAGAGAGAGAGAGGGAGCGAGCGAGCGAGGCGGUGGGAGCGUGAGCAGAAAGCAGAGCAGAGCUGCCUGUCGGUCCAGAAUCAGGGUUCACAGCAGCUUGAUCCUCACGAGCAUCUUCCACAGACCUGCUCCUCCAGCUGCUGCCGGCGGCUCAGAUGUGCAGGACCUGCAGACGACAGGAUCUCCUUCUGCUUCGCUCUGAGGGUUCAUUCCUCUCAAAUGGGGAAGUUGAGUUUCGUGGACUUCAGAGCUUCAGUUCCUUCAAGAAGGUUUCAGGGAGUUAACGUCUGAUUUGGAACCAAAAGGAUUAGUGUGGUUUUUUUUGGUCAUUUCUCCAGAGACGACGGGAACAGAGUCCUUUAAGUCCUGGAGCUUUCACUUCAUCACUUUGAAAGAAUUGUGAUUUCUUGUGAAGCGUUGAGUUGUCUGGAUGUGGUCGAUGACCUGGAGAGCUGCUGACCGGCCGUCAGGAUGUUUCCAAAUCAUCAGCUCAGGUGAAAGGAAGCAGUUUCACCUGAAUGAUCUCAGAUGGUUUUAAAGUAAGAGACCAGACACUCGUUAUUUAACCUGGAAGCUGCACCAACAUCAUCACUUCAGAGGAGCAGCAGGCGGCCGAGGAGCUGAGGAGGAUGUUCGGAGACGAUCUCUUUGGAGAGAUGCAAAGUGACUGAAGGACUGUCUGCGGCACAUUUGGGAUCAAACCUUCUUCGGCCUUUAGGACCAAACGGCAGGAUUGAUCUUCAGAGAAGCUUCUGGAGCCACUUGACGGAGCCGGUGAGUGAAACAAACCAGCUGGUGGUUCCCUCGGUGGGAGGAGACCUGGAGGGUCGUUGCUUGGCUCCAUAGACUGAAAAUAAAGACACGUCUUCAACUCCUCCAGAAAUGAAGCCAAACUAUCUCAGAUACAAACGCUGCCAUCUUGUGCCGAUGUCUGUGCAGCAGUGAUCAGGUGAUGGAGUCGUGAUAUCGUGGUCCCACUGAUACAUGUCCUCAAUUCAGAUGUCCUCUUCCAUCAAAUAACUAACUAAAACCAAACUGAUCACAAACACCUGAACAAACAUCAGAGAUAAAUCCUGUAAUGACAUUUAUUUAACAUCUACUUUGUUUGUUUGGUCCAUGUCCCAUCUGCUAACACGGAGGAGGCAGGAUUUCAAAACCUCUACUGCUGUCAUGUCGUCUCGGUUGCAGAUCUGGAUCAGGGGCAGAUCCAGGAAUAUAUGAUUAUAUAUUUAUGUGUAGUUUUUAAACAUUUCCCCUGAUUUCUCAGAGAACAAUUGAUGGAUCUUAGUGAAACAAACCGUUGACAGGACUAGAAUCUGUGAGUGUGUGUGAGUCGGAGCAGUUGAAACUUCAUUUGGACUUUUAUUCUGCCACAACUUCAUUACUGAUGAAUCAAAAGAAAAAUAAGAACCUGGCAACAAUUGAAUGAAUAGAAAAUAGUUUUCCACUCGGGAAAGAGAGAAUCACUCGUCUACGUGUCGACUGCAAACCCUGCACAGACCAAACCUGAGAUCGUGUGAAUAGAAGUGAAAAUCUACUGGGAGCCGUCGGGAAACAGCUGCAGCGGCUGUCGCCUCCUCGCCACCCACAUUCCCAUCACUGAGAAACAAUCGCUGAAGUGAAGGAGGCAGACGAUGACCGUCUCGUCACUUCUCUCCUUCAGGGUCACGUUGGGCUGCCGGGUCUCUGAGGACGGUUUGGAGCUGCCGAGCUGCGCUGACGUCUGAUCUGUCACACGUCAAGGACAACGUUCCACCAUUCAGGACAAACAACUCCUCCGCCGACACCAACAAAGACUUUUUCUAUUUUCUGACAUCCAGGAAACUUGAAUUCGUCCAUUUUUGAUUCGAGGUGCUCGUUAAGAAGCUCCCAUGCUGCAGGAUAUUAGAGAUCUGAGAUCUUUCCAGUUCGAAGACCUAAACCCACCAGAUGUUUGAAGUGCAACACCACGAGGAGGACAACACUGUAAAUGUGUGUAAAUGUGCAUGAGUGUGUUUCUGUAUUUCACAGUUCACAUAUUGUGUGUUGUGUGUGUCCAGUGCUGCGACGGGCCGCUCAUCACACGGUGCUGCUCAGUUAUUUCCUGUUGCUCAACAUUUGUGAGGAAAAUACAUCAACCAGCCGGAUUUAUAAAGACAACAUGUCAGAAUGGAAAAACUAAACCUCCAGCAGAUAGUUCUUCUGGAAAAGCCACGGAGCCGAGCUGGAGGUCAGAGCUGUGGACUGUCAGCUUCUGGAACCUGUUGCUCUGAUUGGAUGAUUACGGACUUUACUCUUCUUCUGUUUUCAUGUUAAAGUAUUUGACAAAGUCCGAGGGACGCAGAGAAAAAGGAUUUUCCUCAUGACUGAACGCACAUUUCUGGAUCUUGGAUUUCCACCAUAACUUCCUGCAGAGGAUCAUGGGAGAUAUAAAGACGCAGGUGCUGACGACAUGCUGAUGAUGUCAUUUAUUAUCUUUUAAACAAAUUGACUGAAACACAGAGGAUGAGAAGAUCGACAGGAUCUGAGUGACAUGAGCUCAGAAGUGGACUUGACCUUUUUCUCCUGAAGUGGUUCUAUUGUUGAACAGAGCGUUUUGGAAUCUCGAGUUCUGUUGCUUCUCUCUGCAGCUGGACCCCUUUUAGACGGAGUAUUCAGCGACUAUCCAGACGACCAGCAUGCUCCCUGGAGGAGUGGUGUCAGGUGGAGGGGGUCGGGGCGGGGGCAGGAUGUGCCUGCUCAGGUGGCUGGGCCUCCGGCUGUGGUCCCGCCGGGGGACCCUGGUGUUCGCGCUGCUCUGGUUCGGCUCCUGGUUGUUCCUGAACGGCCUGGUUCUGGUGCACAGGAGCAUCAUGUCCGACUACUGCACCGAUGACAAGAGCAAGAGGAUCCUGCAGAGACUGUGUCUGGAGUUUGGCGACGGCUCGGUGACGGGGGACAUGUGCGAGGACCUGUGCGUGCUCGGCUUGGUCGAGUACAAGCGCUGCCUCUACUACGAGAACGGGAAGAAGGUGAUCGAGGCUCGAUGGAGAGGAAAACCCAUCAUCCUGAAGUCCAAGCUGGAGAACUUCUCCUCGUACGAGCCUCUGGGAAUACUGGACUACCAGGACACAGCCGAGGAGCUCUCCCCUCUCGAUGUGGUUUUCUACGCCACUCUCGAAGUACGGAACUCGCUGGGGCUGGCUGAGGAAGACGAGGAUGAGGAAGGAGGAGGAGGAAGUAACAGCUCUCUGGCCAAACUGUGGGGGAAGAAGCUGAAAAACCAAGACAAGAGUUUCUCCAGAGCAGAGCUGGCGUCCCUGUGGUCCCUGCUGCAGCAGGAGGAGUACACCUUCCUCAGAGUCCUGCAGGACCUCAGCGUCCACGUGGCGAAGGUUUUGGGCUCCUGCGGUCACUUCUACGCCGUGGAGUUCCUGUCUGCCGGACACGCCUGGGACCAGAACAUCUUCUCCCUGGAGGACGUCUCUGGGCUGCGGGGUCAGGACCAAGGCGGAGCCCGCGGGAGGUGGACGGCCCGGGAGAUGGUGCAUCGCAUCGCGCUGAGUUUUCUGGACAUGGUUUGGCACUUUGACAACGACUUCACCCACAAACUGCACCUGUGUGACAUCAAACCGGAGAACUUCGCCAUCAGGACGGACCUGACGGUUGUGGCGAUAGAUGUGGACAUGGCGUUCUUUGAGCCCAAAAUGAGGGACAUCCUGGACCAGAACUGCAGCAGCGACGACGACUGCAACUUCUUCGACUGCUCGUCCAGAUGCAUCCUGAGCAAACGCAAGUGCAGCCCCCGGCGCCGCAACAGCAACCUGCAGGUGAUUUGUGAGAAGAUUUUCCGACCCUGGUUUUCUCCGACUCUGCUCGGGGCCAAAGCAGGGCUCCCUCUGCAGGUGGAGCUGCAGCGCGCGGUGCAGGAGUGUUCGGAAACAGACGGAGGUGUGGAGGAAAAAGAAGAGGAUGCAGCAGGAGGAGCAGCAGGAGGCGGCAGAGACGUCCAUCAGCGUCUCCUCAACAUCCUGACCCGCCUCCUCCAGGAUGGAGGGGGUUCAAGUGAGCGAGGAGGAGCACAGGAAGAGAAAGAUCACGGGGCACUGAACUUCUGAGGAGGUGAAAGGAAGGAGGAGGGACCUGGACUCUUCAAGCCAUUGUGUUCCUGUGGCUUUUGGACACUUUGGAGCCGGUGACUGGCUCUGGACCCGUCAGGACAUCUCACACAUGCUCUUGUGUCUAAACUGGAGGAACUUCCUGCUGCAGGUUCACAGACUUAAAGCUGCAGGUUCUGGAUGUCCUCAUACUUUGUGUCCAUCCAGGAGACAAACACUGCAGAUUCCAUCUGGAACUGUGCACGAGGCCUGGAUACUGGGACCAGGAACAUAUCAUGGAUCCUGGAUGUUUCCUUCUAAACCAGUUAGUCUCAGUGAGAUUCAAUAAACUCUCUCGUUUGAAGAGAAACUGAAAAACAUCUUUGUACAUAUAAAGUAAAACGUAUUCACGACACACGACUCCUCUACGAUUUAACUUUACUGACUUGUUCUCUGUUCUUUACUCAUUAUUUUGUUGGUGUGUAAUAAUCUGAUGUGUUUGAAGGCAGGUAACUUAUUUUGAGACUAAUUUUAUUAAAAACAAUACGCAUACAGCUCCUUUAAAAGUUAUGAAGAUUCUUUGUUUCUAACAGAAUUUCAUCUCAUUAAAUACAAUAUAUUGAUUUGAGUGACUUAACAAGAUCCUCCUCAUUAAUGGUGAAUAUGAAGCUACAGCCAGAGGUCGUUAGCUUAGCUGAGCAUAAAGACUGGAAACAGGGGGGGCAGUUAGCCUGCAUCAGAAGUGCAGUGACUGAACCACAAGAUCAGUUUUCCACAACAGCUACUGUACCGAAUUGAUCAGAAUCUUUGUGUUACAGACGUGGAGAUGAGAAGGUUUGUUUACAUCAAAAUAAUAAAAUCUAAAACCAUG